UGACGCAACGACUUGUAUCUGUAUUGUACCAAUUUUGCUAAUUUACUUCCUGCACUUUGCCAGCACUUUAUAUCGUUUGAUAUCUUUCAUAAUCUUAAUAACUGUCCCAUCCACAUAUUGCACUACAUAUGUAUUAUUUACUAUCACGCUUACCGUUGUUUGUUCUAUCCCCCCAUGCAACCCUCCCCCCAAAUUGUGGCACAAGAAUUUCCACAAAUACGGGUGACAAUAAAACUUGUAAUUUGAAACUUGAAAUUUCAAACAUCGGUUCAGACCAGUGAACCCCAUUAACGAUGUCGUUCCGGCUCUGGGAAUUUCUCAGCUAAAGCGCGCCGCGCAUGCGCGCUCGCCUGUCGAGUCGAGUACAUUGCAGAGCUUCGGAGAGCUGGUGGCGCGGAGACCCGGAGUCAGCCGCGGUGCGACGUUACCAUGAUUUUCUCCAUCCUGCCGAAACAUACCUAUCUUGACUUUUUCACCUGCAAGAUCAGCCAUCCUGACCAACACUGUCCAAACGCAGAAUGCCCGGGGGAAAGAGAGGGCUGGUCGCACCUCAGAACACUUUUUUGGAAAAUAUUGUCAGGCGCUCAAGUGAAACCAGCUUCCUCCUGGGAAAUGCCCAGAUUGUUGGCUGGCCUAUAGUCUACAGCAAUGACAGUUUCUGCAAGCUGUCAGGGUACCACCGGGCGGAAGUCAUGCAGAAGAGCAGCACGUGCAGUUUUAUGUACGGAGAGCUGACCGACAGGAAGACGAUAGAUAACGUCCGCGAGACCUUUGAAAAUCAUGAGACCAGCUGCUUCGAGAUCCUGCUAUACAGGGCCAACAGGAAUCCUGUCUGGUUCUACAUGCAGAUCGCACCCAUCAGGAACGAGUAUGACAGGGUGGUUUUGUUCCUGUGCACUUUCAAAGACAUCACGCUCUUUAAGCAUCCCAUUGAGGACGAGACCACCAAGGGAUGGACCAAGUUUGCACGACUGACACGGGCCCUGACCAACAGCCGCAGCGCCAUGCAGCAGCUGACGCCCAUUAACAAGACUGAGGUCAGCCACAAGCACUCGCGGCUGGCUGAGGUUCUCCAGCUGGGUUCUGACAUCCUCCCCCAGUAUAAACAGGAGGCACCCAAGACGCCCCCCCACAUCAUUCUGCACUACUGCCUCUUCAAGGCCACCUGGGACUGGGUCAUCCUCAUCCUCACCUUCUACACAGCCAUCAUGGUGCCCUACAACGUGUCCUUCAAGACGAAGCAGAACAACGUCACCUGGUUGGUUCUGGACAGCAUAGUAGACGUCAUCUUCCUAGCGGACAUCGUGCUGAAUUUCCACACCACCUUUGUGGGUCCUGGAGGCGAGAUCAUCUCGGACCCCAAGCUCAUCCGCAUGAACUACCUAAAGACCUGGUUUGUCAUCGACCUGCUGUCCUGCCUGCCUUACGACAUCAUUAAUGCCUUUGAGAACGUGGAUGAGGGUAUGAGCAGCCUGUUCAGCUCCCUGAAGGUGGUCCGGUUGCUCCGGCUGGGCCGAGUGGCCCGCAAGUUGGAUCACUACAUGGAGUACGGAGCGGCAGUGCUGGUGCUGCUGGUGUGCGUGUUUGGACUGGUAGCCCACUGGCUGGCCUGCAUCUGGUACAGCAUCGGCGACUAUGAGGUCAUCGACGAAGACACCAACACCAUCAAGCAGGACAGCUGGCUGUACCAGUUGGCCAUCAGCAUCGGCUCACCCUACCGCUACAACUCCAGUGGCUCAGGCAGGUGGGAGGGCGGCCCCAGCAAGGACUCCCUCUACAUCACCUCCCUCUACUUCGCCAUGACCAGCCUCACCACCAUCGGCUUUGGCAACAUCGCGCCCACCACUGACGGCGAGAAGAUCUUCUCCGUGGCCAUGAUGAUGAUCGGCUCCCUCCUGUAUGCCACCAUCUUCGGUAACGUGACCACCAUCUUCCAGCAAAUGUACGCCCACACCAACCGUUACCAUGAGGUGCUCAACAACGCACGUGACUUCCUCAAACUCUACCAGGUGCCCAAGGGCUUGAGCGAGAGGGUCAUGGACUAUAUCGUCUCCACCUGGGCCAUGACUAAGGGCAUCGACACUGAAAAGGUACUCACCACCUGCCCCAAAGACAUGCGAGCAGACAUCUGCGUCCACCUGAACCGCAAGGUGUUCAACGAGCACCCAGCCUUCCGCCUGGCCAGCGAUGGCUGCCUCCGCUCGCUGGCCGUGGAGUUCCAGACCGUCCACUGCGCCCCAGGCGACCUCUUCUUCCACGCUGGCGAGAGCGUGGACACACUGUGCUUUGUGGUGUCUGGCUCUUUGGAGGUCAUCCAGGACGAUGAGGUCAUCGCCAUUCUUGGCAAAGGGGACGUCUUCGGUGACUUGUUCUGGAAGGAAACCACCCUAGCCCACGCCUGCGCCAACGUCCGGGCGCUGACCUACUGUGACCUGCACGUCAUUCACCGGGAGGCGCUGUUGAAGGUGCUGGACUUCUACACCGCCUUCGCUCACUCCUUCUCCCGAAACCUGAUCCUCACCUGUAACCUGCGCAAAAGGAUAAUCUUCCGGAAGAUCAGUGAUGUGAAGAAGGAGGAGGAGGAGCGUCAACGGCAGAAGAAUGAGGUGACCCUGACCAUCCCAGUGGAUCACCCUGUCCGGAAGGUCUUCCAGAAGUUUAAACAACAGAAGGAGCUCCGGACACAGAUGGGUGCAGUGCUGGAAGUGGAGAAGAACCAUCUGGACCAGCAUUUCCACCCACAUCGGGACCUGUACCCUAUGCAAGGCCACACCGGGGUGGUCACUGUGUCCCAGAUCACGCCCAUGCAGAACUCGCUGGCCUACAUCAGAGCCGGAGAGUUGGACAAGCAGAGCAACCGUGACAUCAUGGAGCUGAAACCUAGCCUUAGUCUCAAUGGAUCCGACUGCUCUGGGGCCCGGAGCCCCUCCUGCAGCAGGCCGGCUAGCAGCCGGGGCUGGACGCGCCUUCGCAGUGCUACGACAUCCCCUGAGGAGUCGACGGGGGGCUGGAACAGCACUGCCAGGGUCAGCCCUGUGGAGCUCUCCCUGCAGGACAGUCGGGGAAAGAGCCCCCUUCACAGCACAGACUGCUGUGAUGGCAGUAGCACCAGGACUGAGAAAUCUGGCGAGGUGCCGAGUUCCCUCAUAUCUGAGGACCACCAGCCCAGCCCGACCAUCCCCGAGCAGGAACUGCACAGCACCCUGCACGAGGCCAGACUAGAGCUCAAGGGCGACAUCCAGAUGCUGGCAGGUCGCUUGGCCACCCUGGAGUCCCAGGUAGCGGAGAUCCUGAGGCUGCUCUCUGAGACGAGGCAGCCAGCCCAGCCCUCCAACCCCAGGACCAGGAACAGUCGGCAGGACAUCUUCACCGUGUCCCAGCCUGCCACGCCUGACUCCGACUGGGACAAUGGCCUCUUUUAGCGGCGACAUUAGCAAGAAUUCUUUUUCUCCCAUGGAUGAGAUGAACGAUUGUGAAGGACACGAGGAAAAAUGAGAACUGUGACUUUUAUACGGAGAGCAAGAGAACAGUAAAUAUCAACAGGCAUGUCCAGCUGGUUUCUGGCCUGCAAAGACACUAGUUAUUGCUUGUAUAUGAUGCAGUUGGCUGCAUGCAAAAGGAUUUUAAAGCAGAUCACUUUUUGUUCUAUACUGUAUCCGUAUGAACAUGAUUGUUUUCCAGAGAUUUAAGAAGCCUAUUUACCAUGAAGAAACCUCAGGGUUUGUGCAGGUUGCUUGAUAAAACCGAUCCAGUGAACACACCCAACGGCAUGCUCAGCUGCUCCAUGCUUUCACACUUUUCCAUCAACAAAGCUGUACUUGUACCCACAUUCUCAUGACGGCGCCAUACCAUCAUACAUCCUUUCUUGUAUGUUUUUGUUCUUACAUGUGUAACUAUUUGUUUCAUUGUUUAUGACCGUCACACUCUGCUGGACAUCACAUAUAAAGUUGCAGGAAACCCUCACAUUCCCAAAUCACUGGAUGGUGUUGUCUGGAACACUUGAACUCUACUAAACAAUGACAACCAUUGGCAGACCUGGAGGAAUGGUGGGGCAGGGGGGGGGGGCCUUGAAGCAGCAUGCUAAUCAGGCUGUGAUGGAUAACCUCAGUCUCUGGAAAGCAAACGGGACAAACUACACUGUUUUACUGGCUUUUAAAGGGACCUUCAGGAGUGCAGUGUGUUCUGCUUCAUUCAGACCCGGCUGGGACCAAACAUUCCGGACAGAGCUGUGCAACCCCAGAACAUCACCAGCCACCACUCACACAGCACCAUAGCAAAUACCCACAAGACUAAGGAGGCGGCAUGUAUGUGUUCAUUUACGAUGACCAGUGCAUCAAAAUGGAAGCAGUUUCCCAGUCCUGAUAGUCUGAAGUGCUGGAGUAGCUGACGAUCAAUUGCCGGCCGUUGUGCUUGCUGACAGUUUUCUCCUCAGUGCUCCUCAGAGCUGUAUGCCACCAUUUGCAAACAAGACAACCAGUACCCAGAAGCGAUCUCUAUCAUCACCGGGGCCUUCAGUCACUGCAACCUGAAGAUGGUCCUCCUCAGAUACCACCAGCAUGUAACUUGCCCCAGGUGACUGGACUCUCAACCUCUGCUACACCAAAUUCAAAAGCACUUUGCAUGCUCUCACAAAUCUGACCACUCCUCAUCUGCUUCUGUAUCCCACAUACACAAGCAGGAACUGAUCCAUGUCCAGCCCAGCAAUGAAGGAAGUUCAGCACUGGACAUUAGUCCAUUUUCAAUGAGUCCUACAUGAAUAUGGAUGACUAUGCUGAUUCAGUGACAGACUACAUCAGGUUUCGUGUGUCCCUUUCUGGACUGUCUACUCCUGUCCCAGCUAGAAGCCCUGGGUGAACAUCACUGUUCGCCAAGCACUGAGGGACGGGGCACGAUUUUCAGGUGGGGAUUGACUUGGGCGAAGUUUGUGGACAACACCACCGUCACUGUCUACACCAGCAGCGAUGAAGAGGCUACCUACAGGAUGGAGGUAGAAAACCCGACUGUAAGGUGCCCCGAGAAACAACCGCCACCUGGAUGUCAACAAGACAAAGGAGAUCAUCUCUGACUUCAGGAAGAUCAGAGGCCUUCACUCCCCAUUAUUCAUUCAUGGAAAUCCCAUUGAGGCAGUCAGCAGCUUCAGUUCCCCAAUUCCAAUUUCCUCUCGUAGUCUCUAAAUGCCAGCUGCUUUCUCUAGAAGGCUUACAAUCUACCUCUCCUGCUGUCAGAAGAGGGCUGAGCCCCUUCAUCAGGGGCGCCAGCCACCCAGAUCACACCCUUCACACUGUUGCCCUCUGAAAUGUACUGCGUCGCAACCCGAACCUCCAGCACCACCCGUAUCUCCCAAACCUCCCACACUGCCAGAAAGUCAUCAGGUUGCUUAGUAUACUACCUUGCUGGGGGCACUUUAUCAACAUUAUAUACUGUUCUGUUGCCAUUCUUCACAUCCUCUUCCCCAGGCUGCAUUACUUAUCCUUAUAUUGCACUGUC